AUGGAUACAUACAACAAUAACGGCACACAUACAGUACCUUUAAAAAUCAAAAUCAUGUGUAGCAUAUUAAUAUGGUUUCCAAUUGUAUUUCCAUUUAUUACAAUACAUUAUUUUCCACAUGCUACUAUUAUUUAUAAUAUUAUCAUAUCAAUUUAUAUUAUUAUCAGUCACUUAUUAACAUAUGGAACUUGUUUUACUAUUUUUAUGAAACAGCAGAAAAUUAUUUAUGAAUUUUUUCGAAGCAAAAACUGGAGUGAAAAAAAGAACAAUUAUAUUGAAAAUCGACGAAUAGGAAUAAAUAAUAGCAAUGAAGAAAUAUUACACAUGGUUAUCAUACCUAUCUACAAAGAAAAUCCGAACAUUGUGGAAAAUACAUUAAAAUCAUUAAUAAAGCAAAAUGUUCCAAUGAUUAUAGGCUUCGGAUUAGAAGAACGAGAAACGAAUAGUAAUGUAAAAUACGAUGAUAUCAUAAAAAAAUAUGAAAAUCACUUUAUUAAAAUAAUUAAAACAAUACAUCCAAUAAAUUUAAAAAAUGAAAUACCUGGUAAAGCAUCGAAUUGUAAUUAUAAUGCUCGACAAUUAAUCAAAUUUUAUGAAGAAAAUCAUAUGAAUUUAAAAUUUCUCUACAAUCAUGUAAUGGUAACUGUAUGCGAUUGUGAUUCAAUUUGGGUAAAUGAUUAUUUUCUAUAUUUAAACUAUUUGUGUAAACAAAACAAUAUGAAAAAUUUCAAUUAUAUUGCUUAUGUACCAAAUAUCACUAAUUUUCAACAUUUUUCAUUGAAUCAUAUCUUGAGUAAUUGGGUGUCUGUUCUUCGUUCAAUAGGUACUCAUGGACAUUUUUACUUUCUUGGUUAUGUUCGUGCAUUCGUUAGUGAAUAUCAUAUUCCAUUAGAAUUAUUAAAAAGAAUUGAUUUUUGGGAUAGUGAUUUAGUACAGGAAGAUAUACAUAUGUGCAACAAGUUAGCAAUAUUAGAUGAAAAACGUUUUGUUGUCAAACAUACUUUUCUUCCAUGCGAUAAUCAGAUUCCAACAGAUAUUAAUUCAUUUAUUGGAAGUUUUCAAAUACUUUGGAAUCAAACAUCACGUUGGAAUUUAUUUCUUUAUGAAUUUUAUUAUUUAUUUUAUGAAUUAUUAUUAAAUAUCUUUAAUAUCAAACGUUAUGAAAAUUUUCGCACAAACACAUCGAAAAUUCUUGUGCAACUUAUUAAUAAUUAUGAAAAUUUAUUCUUCUUUGGUAUGUGUCCUAUUUCAAAUAAUAUCUUUUGGUUCUUUUAUCUACAUAUUUGGAAGGAACAUUACCUCAGUAGUACAGUUCAUCAUUUAUUAAAUAAUAUUCAACCAUGGUUUAUCAUGAUACAUCUCUUCUUAGGAAUUCUAUAUGCUGCAUUCAUUUGGAAUGCAAGUUACGAACAUACCAAAGAUAGAUCAUAUAAUUGGAUAAAAUUUACUUUUUUCUUAUUAGGAUUUAUUCCUCUUCCAUCAUUAUUCUUCAUUUGUCAAGCUAUUAAUAUAACAAAUGCAUGGAUACAAACAUUGAAGAGUAAUCAAACUCAUUCAGAGUCGGCCCCAAAAGUUCUUUUCUAA